CACGUCGUCUGUCUCUCAGACAAAACGCAAAAGUAUUGUUUUUUUUUUUUUUUUCCUUCUUCGUCGUUUGAUUUGUCAACUCAUCAACAAUACCCAAACCCUAAAACAAUCAUCCUCAAAAUCAACAAUCAAACUUUCCCAAAUUUGAAGGAUAAAAAUCAACACUUUGGAAGUUUUCCUCUGUUUGAUUCCUGUGAAAAAAAUCAAAUCUUUGCAAAAUUUUAUUUUCCCCUCUCUGUUUGCGUUUUUGGUUAAUGAAGAAGAGGAUCUGAGAUUAGGGAGAGAUUUUAGGGAAUGAUGGGUUUUGCUGUAUCGGAUGAAUUGUUAGGAACUGUGGCUCCAAUUGUGGUGUAUUGGUUGUAUUCUGGGAUUUACGUAGCGCUAUCGUCUUUGGAGAGUUAUAGAUUACAUACAAAGGCUGAAGAAGCAGAGAAGAAUCUUGUUUCGAAAUCUUCUGUUGUCAAAGGUGUUCUUCUUCAGCAGGUUGUUCAAGCUCUUGUCGCUAUCCUUUUGUUCACGGUGACAGGAAGUGAUGCUGAAGCAGACAAAGCGCAACAGUUUUCCAUUUUGGUUCUAGCAAGACAGUUUGUGACGGCCAUGAUAAUCCUCGACACAUGGCAAUACUUCAUGCAUCGAUAUAUGCAUCACAACAGGUUCUUAUACAAACAUAUCCACUCUCAACACCACCGUCUCAUCGUCCCAUAUGCAUAUGGAGCGUUGUACAACCAUCCAGUGGAAGGUCUUCUCUUGGAUACAGUUGGAGGCGCCUUAUCUUUCCUAGUCUCUGGUAUGUCUCCAAGAACUUCCAUCUUCUUCUUCUCUUUCGCCACAAUCAAGACCGUGGAUGACCAUUGCGGUCUCUGGCUUCCUGGAAACUUGUUCCAUAUGGUGUUCAAGAACAACUCGGCUUACCAUGAUAUCCAUCAUCAGCUCUAUGGAACCAAAUACAAUUUCUCUCAGCCUUUCUUUGUCAUGUGGGAUCGGAUUCUGGGAACUUACAUGCCUUACUCGCUUGAGAAAAGAGAAGACGGGGGAUUUGAAGCACGCCCGACUAAAGAAUUCAAAGAUGAUUAAGAUUUUUGGAUUUUUGGAUAUAUGUUUGUUUUAUCUGCACUGAGGUUUUCUGAUGGAUGAUAGACUUGUGUCAUGGAGGUGUAGCUUUAAAUCAGAAACAGAACUGGUUUGCGUCUUGCCUCUUUUUUUUUUCAAGAGCGAAGUAGUCGGAGUUGAGAUUUGUUGUAUAUAAACAUUAUCGAGUUGUUGUUCUACUUUGGAUUUUUGUUUUGCAUGUAUUAUUGUACCACACCGUACUGGUUAUUUUUAAUCUAUUUGUUUACAAAGAGCA